AACAGUGAGUGAGUAUCGCUCCCUCCAACGCAACAAAGCACCAUCGCAUCGCUUCGCCAGUUGCCACUUCAGACAGACUACUACUACGCUGUGCUCGAAUUAAAAGUGAAUCUAGUCGGUUUCGAACGUUUGCUCAUGCAUUGCAGUCGACUGUGAGUGAAUGAGCGAACACGACUAAUCGCAGAACGUUUGGAAAAGCGAACGAUAACGAUUUGACUUUCGAAGCGACUCGGGGAUCGCGGAAGCUUUGAAAAUUAAAGAAAAAAAAAGCGGCACCGCUCGUUCUCCCUGUAUGGACGAGAUAUUGAUUUUAAGGAAAACCGUCCUCCCGCAAAAGUGAAAACUGCAGACUUUCUCGAGUUCGGAAUUAUUAAAUCGUUAGUGACGGUGUUUGUACGCGGUUGAAAGUUGGGAAAAUUUGUGCUGCUUGUGUGCGGGAUCAACCCUCUCGACGAUGGGGUUGGUUUUUCCGGUUCAAAGUGACGGCGCCGUGUGACAGUUGCUUGUUUCGAGAUUUGAAGGAAAAGUUUGUGCUGUGCUGUCGUGCCAACUGCUGGAUUAACGCCGAUUCAAAUGGAAGAAGGUGAGUCUAAGAAAUCUCUGCUCUUUACGUAGAUGCUACACGGAAAAUCGCAGACUAUUAGCAAGGGGCGAUUGUACCCCGCAUACAGCGUCAGUGGCUCAGAGAGCGAAGAAUGUCCAUCGCCAGCUAGGCGUUUCGGCUCACAGCACACGUACCAGCACCCCCUGUACCAACAGCCCCAGGGCUUAAGCGACACCCCCACCUCAGAAAACGCAUCCGACGCCACUCUCACCGAUUCUGAACUUGCCCUUGCCAGGGAUUCUACACUUUUAGUUCAUAACGGUAAGUGGUGCACGCCCUACAGCACAUACCAAAUUGCGGCUGACAAUAGCGACAAAGGUUGUUUGUUGGAUAGUGCGUCUCGACCACCCGAUGUUCCACCACGCAAUCCGACAAUGAACCGAUUGAAUGGACGUCUAGCAGUUGCACAACCGUCCGCUCCCAGCGAAGAGUUCGAGCCAUCGUGCUUGGUUCGAACACCCUCAGGAAAUGUUUACAUUCCCAGUAAUCACUCGAAGGCACCGUCAACACUGGACUAUAAGUCGAACUCGUCCUGUAGUAGUCCUUCGAAAGAAAUGAAAAAUUCCGACAGAUGCGGCCUCGCAUACGGCACAGCUGUGCCUGUCUUACCCGUCCGAAACAAUUUACGCCGCCCUAAUUCCAGUCAUUUCCCGCCAGCGAGUCGAUUUCAUUUCCAGAAAGGAAUCGCCUCGAAAUGCUCUUGGAAAUGUACCGCUAUAGUGUUUAUAGUGCUUUCCGUUGUUCUCACUGCAGCCCUUUCGUAUAUUUCAGCUUCGAGUCUGUUAAGCUGGUCAUAUCAGAAUUCCAAAGCUUGCACCGUGGUAGUUGGUGAGAACUCCGAAACCGCUCCCGCUUCGAAAGCGACCACAUCGGAGACCAACCUCUCCACGUCCAGUAAGCCGCGAGUUUCAUCAGGAGGUAAUAAUGUAGAUGCUGCCUUUGUUAGAAAACGUAGACAGGUCGACAGUGUUCCGCAUGUCAGUGUAAAUUCUACCGCUAGUAUCAGUAACAACUUAAGCACCAGCUUGGAUGUUGCUGAAAAAAGUAACGAGCAUGCAGUUUAUGGGGAGUUUUCCAGUCAUCCACCUUUGCAUGAUAUCAAUGUUAGUAGAAUCAGUUUUUUGCCUGAAGAUAGUAGGCGGGUUACUAAUAUAUUCCCUAGUGGAACUCCCGAAAAUUCUAGUUCCGUUUUCCUUCCCAAUAAGCUUGUUAAAAGUUUCACUAUUAGCUCCACCAACGAUCCUUUGAGUUACACCAAUGAAGAUACUGACAAAUUUUCAAAUCCAUCUACGGCUGUCGAUACGGACUCGUUAUCCACUACAUAUUCUUAUAUUUCAACGGAAGGCAAUUAUUUUAAGGAAACCGAAAACACAUACAGUUCUGAUGAUUUAGAAACAGCUUUAUUGAGCACAGAUGAACCCAGAACAACAGACGUUUACCAUGCUGAAGACAAAAACUCCAAUGAACAGGAAAUUAUUAUGGUUGAUAAGGAUAGCAGCUCACUAGAAGAAACCGAAGAAGAAAAUGAUAUAAAAUCUGAAGACGAAGAUAAAAAUAAAUCUUAUGAAGGACCGGAUAUACAACACGAUUUUCCUUCAAAACUCGAAUACAUAGAUAUAAUAGACGUUAAUGAACAACCAAUUUCCACCACAUCGAAAACCAAAAUUGUCUAUAAUAUAACCGAAAAUCUAAACAUAACAAAAGACGAACAGAGAGGGUCUGAAGAAACUUCAAAAGAAUUGACAGAGCAAAAUCUUUCAGUCAAAAACAACAUCUUCGAGAAAUCAUUGAAAGGCUUAGACAUUACGUCUGGAAAAGUAACUUCAAACUUAACUAAUUCCACCCAAAUCGCUGCAGAUUUGUUGGAUCAACGCUUACUAAAUCUUUCUAACGCAAGCUUUGCAUCUGAGUUACCAACGACGAAACCUUUUUUCGAGAAAUCUGCCACUGAACACCCUAAAAAUGAAACAAAAUUUUCUUCUUCUUUGGGUAAUAUCGAGCUUAAUUCAGAUAUUCAAUCCAAAGGCAAUGAAAACGAAAUAUCUAGAUCCAACGAUGUUCCUCAUAUGACUAUAACCGGAGCAAUUCCAGCCAAAAGAGUUCUUGUAAACGUUACCAUUUCUACAGAUCCUGAUUCGGUUAAUCCCAAUCCUAAUUCCGUAUAUGUUUUGUCUGUAUCUGUCCCUACCAACGGCGACAACGAACCCCCUAGCGUUAAUAUACUACCCCACGCUUCUUCUCAAGAACAACUACAACCAGCUGCACUAAUUCGUCCCAGUAAUAACAAAGAAACCGAACCAAGUCCUGUACCAUCUCAUGAUACGUCACUUGUGCAUGGUUUUUGGGGUGGCCAAUGUCAGUGUUCUUGUCCAUGUCUUGAUGAUCCCAAAAAUUAUACUGAUUACGAUUCUGAUUACGAUGACAAGGACGGAGGUGAUGCUUUGCAAACGCAAAAUGUCAAAUCUUCGAGUAAAAACACUUACAUAGUUACUCCAAAUGUCACAGAAACCUCCUCAGAAACUCCUUCCGAAUUAUCUUCAUCGGAUUCAACAACUUCUUCCUGGACCACGGAAACAAUGCAGGAAUGUUUGGAGAGUAGUACAAAAUUACCUCCACCACCUACCAUUCUUGUACUGGAAGGGGCCCGAACAUUUCCUGCGCAAUCAUUCCCGCCAGAUGGCACAACAUUCUCGCAGAUCUCUCUUGGCCAACGCCUGUCUAAGGAAAUUCCUCCCUACGGCUAUUGGAACAUGCAGUUCUAUCAAUCAGAAGCAGCAUAUGUGAAAUUCGAUUAUAAUAUACCUCGAGGUGCAAGCAUAGGCGUCUACGCGCGUCGCAAUGCUUUGCCAACUCACACUCAAUACCAUAUACUCGAGGUUCUUAAUGGCUUCAAAGCUCGUACUGCUAGAGCUUCACAUCCCUCGGUUAGAAAAGAGGUUACUCAUUAUAUGGAACAAGGACACUGGUUCUUGUCGCUGUACAACGACGACGGAGAUCCCCAGGAGGUUGUGUUCGUGGCUAAUGUGGCGGACGACAUGACCCACAAUUGCCCUAAUGGUUGUAGCGGAAAAGGCGAAUGCCUCAUGGGACAUUGCCAGUGCAACCCCGGUUUCGGAGGAGACGAUUGCAGCGAAAGUGUUUGCCCGGUGCUCUGCAGUCAAAGGGGUGACUAUAUAAACGGAGAAUGCCAAUGCAACCCCGGUUGGAAGGGAAAGGAAUGUUCGCUAAGACAUGACGAGUGCGAGGUGCCCGAUUGUAAUGGGCACGGGCAUUGCGUUAACGGAAAAUGCAAUUGUGUGCGCGGCUAUAAGGGAAACUUUUGUGAAGAGGUUGACUGUCCUCAUCCUAAUUGCUCGGGGCACGGUUUUUGCAUCGAAGGAACUUGUUUUUGUAAAAAGGGUUGGAAAGGUAACGACUGUAGUGAAACUGAUAAAGAGGCUCUCCAGUGUCUUCCUGAUUGUUCGGGUCAUGGAACAUUUGACUUGGAAACUCAAACUUGUACAUGUGAAGAGAGGUGGUCCGGUGACGACUGUUCCAAAGAAUUAUGCGAUUUAGAUUGUGGUUCACAUGGCCGAUGUAUUUCGGACACUUGCCAUUGUAGCCCAGGUUGGACAGGAGAAUAUUGCAAUUUGAAGGAAUGCGACACGAGAUGCAAUGACCAUGGGCAAUGUAAAAAUGGCACUUGCCUUUGUGUCACCGGUUGGAACGGCAAACAUUGCACCCUUGAAGGGUGUCCCAACAGUUGUUCUAACCACGGUCAAUGUAAGUACAACAGCGAAGGCUCAUGGGAAUGUCGCUGCGAAAACGGAUGGGAUGGAGAGGACUGCAGUGUUUUAUUAGAGCGGGACUGUGAUGAUGGUAGAGAUAAUGAUAAAGAUGGUUUAGUUGACUGCGAAGAUCCGGAGUGUUGUACAAGUUAUACUUGUCGGACGUCACAACUAUGUGUAUCUUCUCCAAAGCCGAUCGAUAUACUGUUAAGAAAACAGCCACCGGCAAUAACUGCAUCGUUCUUUGAACGAAUGAAGUUCUUAAUUGACGAAGGCAGCCUUCAAAAUUAUGCAAAAGAAGAAACAUUCAACGAAAGUCGAUCAGCGGUAGUUCGAGGUCGAGUAUUAACUCAAAUGGGCAUGGGUCUGAUGGGCGUUCGCGUCAGCACAACUACCCCUUUAGAAGGAUUCACUUUAACCAGAGAUGAUGGUUGGUUUGACCUUUUGGUCAACGGGGGCGGAGCUGUUACUCUCAACUUCGGUCGCGCUCCAUUUCAACCCAAACAGCACAUAGUGUUUGUUCCUUGGAAUGAAGUAGUUAUUAUUGAUGACAUAGUUAUGGUAACCAACGAAGAUGCCAAUACAUCACCCGUACCUCAAGCUUGUAUAGCGCAUAAUUAUGAUACAAUGAAGCCUGUUGUAUUAGCCACAUGGAAACAUGGUUUCCAAGGGGCUUGUCCUGAUAGAAGUGCAAUUUUAGCAGAAUCUCAGGUGGUUCAAGAAAGUUUGCAAAUACCUGGAACUGGCUUAAAUUUGGUUUACCAAAGCUCACGAGCAGCGGGUUAUUUAUCUACUAUUCAGUUGCAAUUGACACCAGAAAACAUACCAUCUACCUUGAAGCUAAUACACCUACGAAUCACAAUAGAAGGAAUCUUGUUCGAAAAAACCUUUGAAGCCGAUCCCGGAAUUAAAUUUACAUAUGCUUGGAACAGAUUAAAUGUGUACAGGCAAAGAGUAUACGGAGUAACGACGGCUAUGAUUAAAGUUGGUUAUGAAUACACUGACUGUAAGGACAUAAUUUGGGAUGUGCAGUCUACCAAACUCAGUGGUCAUGAUAUGAGUAUCUCCGAUGUAGGAGGUUGGAAUUUGGAUAUUCAUCAUCGCUAUAAUUUCCACGAAGGAAUUUUACAAAAAGGAGACGGUUCUAACAUUUACCUAAAACAUAAGCCUCGAGUUAUUAUCACCACGGUUGGCGAUGGCCACCAACGACCACUCGAUUGUAACGAUUGCGAUGGCCCCGCUCUUAAACAAAGACUUUUAGCUCCAGUCUCACUUGUAUCAGCACCAGAUGGCUCCAUAUUUAUCGGAGACUUCAAUUUAAUUCGAAAAAUUCAAACUGAUGGUACAGUUCAUACAGUUGUGAAACUUAAUGCCACUCGGGUCUCAUAUCGAUAUCACAUGGCUCUAAGUCCUCUGGAUGGAGUUUUGUACGUUUCGGAUCCAGAAUCGCACCAAAUUUUAAAAGUUCGUAACACAAACGACUACAGUAAUCCCGAGCACAACUGGGAAAUUGCUGUUGGAUCUGGAGAACGUUGUCUACCUGGCGAUGAAGCCCAUUGCGGUGAUGGCGCACUAGCCAGAGAUGCAAAACUGGCAUAUCCAAAAGGUGUGGCGGUUUCGGCUAACAAUGUUCUUUAUUUUGCCGAUGGUACCAAUAUCCGUAUGGUAGACAACGGCGUUAUAACCACAGUAAUUGGUAAUCAUAUGCACAAAUCUCACUGGAAGCCUAUACCGUGUGAAGGAACCCUAAAUUUGGAAGAAGUACACUUACGGUGGCCAACAGAACUUGCUAUUAACCCUUUAGACAAUUCGCUUUAUAUCAUAGAUGACCAUAUGAUACUUCAGUUAGCUCCUGAUGGGCGAAUAAAAGUGGUAGCAGGAAGACCAUUACAUUGCGCACCUCCUGUGUUAGAGUUCGAUAUUGAGUUGGCCACUCAUGCGACACUUGUAAUGCCGCAAAGUAUCGCAUUUAGUGCAAACGGUGAUCUCUAUGUGGCUGAAAGCGACUCGCAAAGGAUAAACAGAAUUCGUGUGAUAGGAACCGAUGGAAAGGUAGCUUUAUACGCAGGGGCCGAAUCCAAGUGUAAUUGUCUGGAACGGGGCUGUGAUUGCUUCGAGGCUGAUCAUUACCUCGCUGCGAAUUCUAAAUUUAACACUAUAUCUUCCGUAACUGUGAGCCCGGAUGGUAUUGUGCAUAUUGCUGAUCAAGCUAACUACCGCAUCAGAUCGGUAAUGGCAAGUAUCCCUGACGCCAGUAGCUCCAGGGAAUACGAAAUUUUCUCUCCAGAAACUCAAGAAAUUUACAUAUUCAAUCGAUUCGGUCAACACGUCAUGACGAAAAAUAUACUGACGAGAGAAACAAAUUACCUGUUUACAUACAACGUAAACACCAGCAACGGCAAACUAAGUACCGUUACAGAUGCUGCAGGAAACAAGGUUUUCUUGCUGCGGGAUUAUUCUAGUCAAGUAAACUCCAUCGAAAACACCAAAGGACAAAAAUGCCGUUUACGCAUGUCCCGAAUGAGAAUGCUUCAAGAAUUAAACACGCCCGAUAAUUACAAUGUUACUUUUGACUAUCAUGGUCCUACAGGACUUCUUAAAACUAAACUUGACAGUAGUGGUCGUAGCUACGUUUAUAGUUAUGACGAAUUCGGUCGACUUACGUUUGCCGUCACACCAACUGGCAAAAUAAUUCGGUUGUCCUUUGAUCUAAGCCUAAAAGGUGCCAUGGUUAUGGUCCGUCAAAAUAACAAGCAACCAAUAUCAAUGUUAAUAAAGGGUUCAAGUGUUGUAACCAAAAUUGGUGAAUCAGAACAUAAGAGCAUAUUGUUGGCGGAUGGUAGUGUUACUUCUAUAGCUCCUUGGUCUCAUAGUACUAGUACCGAUACUGUACCUUAUUCCAUCCUUGCUGAAAUCAAUCCAUUACUAGGGGAAAGUUGUCCAGUUCCCGCUAAACAAAGAACGGAAAUUGGUGGAGAGUUAGCCAAUCGUUUUGAAUGGCGCUACUUCUUAAGAAGAUUACAAGUGACUAAAGGGAAAAUUUCAACUACUUCUAAAACUAUUACACAUGUAGGCCGCAAACUAAGAGUUAAUGGGGAAAACUUACUUACAAUGGAAUAUGAUCGUGAGCAGAAGUCUGUCUCUGUCUUUAUGGAUGACAGAGUAGAACUUCUUAACGUUACUUAUGACCACAGUUCAAGACCAAUCAAAUGGGGACCCAGCAAUGGAAUUUUCGCUGAUGUAGAACUAGAGUACGACAGGUUCAGUAGAUUAACAAGCUGGAAGUGGGGAGAUUUAAGUGAAACUUAUGGAUUUGAUCGAGCUGGAAGACUCUAUGAAAUUAAAUAUGCCGAUGGCUCGUCAAUGGUCUACGCGUUUAAAGAUAUGUUCAGUACCCUGCCCUUAAAAGUUACAACACCUAGAGGUUCUGAUUAUCUACUCCAGUACGAUGAAGCAGGAGCUUUACAAAGUUUAACAACUCCUCGGGGUCACAUUCAUACAUUUGCACUACAAACUUCCUUUGGAUUUUUCAAAUACCAGUACUAUUCUCCAAUGACGAGGCAUCCAUUUGAAAUAAUUUACAACGACGACGGUCAAAUUCUAGCUAAAGUUUAUCCACACCAGUCUGGGCGAGUUGCUUAUGUUUAUGAUUAUGCCGGUAAACUUGAAACAAUUUUGGGAGGACUACAUUCUAUACAUUAUACUUACCACGACUCAUCCAGUCUUGUAAAAAGCAUCGAAAUUAUAGAGUCUAACUUCCAAUUAAAACAAGAGUUUAAGUAUCAUUUAGGUAUUGUUAAAGAAGAAAAGGUAAAAUUUCUCGGCAAGAACAGUUUAGACAAUGCUAAAUACAAGUAUCAGUAUGAUGGAAAUGCAAGAUUGUCUACAAUUGAAGUAGAUAUUGCUGGCAAACAGAUGCCUCAGUUGUUACUGAAAUAUAAUCAAAACUUUGGAGUUUUAGAGGCUGUCAGUGAUCUUAGAAUAUACAGAAAUACAUUUAAUAGAUCAGUAAUGCAAGAUAAAAGUAAACAAUUCUUUAUGAUAACAGAUUUUGAUAAUCAUGGCCGUAUUAAAUCCCUGUUGAUGAACAUCAAAACCUUCGACGUUUUCCGAUUAAAAUUAGACUAUGAUACAAGAAAUCGAAUAAAAACACAAGAACUUCUUGUUGGAAGAACCACUUCUAAUGAUAGAAUUGAAUAUAACGCUGAUGGGCACGUACUGGAAAUUGCGGGAACGAAUAAUUGGAAGUACGUCUACGACGAGAAUGGAAAUGUUAUAGGCGUUAUAAGAGAAAAAGAUAAAAUAUCGUUGGGUUACGAUAGCGGUGACCGCGUUGUUCAAUAUGGUGAUGUGGAGUUUAAUAGUUACGAUAACAGAGGCUUUGUCGUGAGAAGGGGUGAGCAAAAGUAUCGCUACAAUUCUCACGGCCAAUUGAUUCAUGCAUUCGAAAGAGAUAAGUUUCAAAUUUGGUAUCAUUAUGAUGAUCGUGGGCGCCUUAUUUCGUGGAAUGACGAUAAAGAAAAUGUCACGCAAUACUUUUAUGCUAAUCCGUCGCGUCCAAAUCUGGUCACGCAUCUUCACUUUCCCAAAUCAGGUAGAACCUUUCGUUUUCUUUACGAUCAGCACGAUACGAUUAUAACUGUUGAGACUUCUGAACAAAGAUUUUAUGUGGCUGCCGACCAAAAUGGCUCACCAUUAGCUCUCUUUGAUAUAAAUGGCAAUUUAAUAAAAGAAAUACGAAGAACACCAUUUGGUUCAACGAUAAUGGAUACCAAUCCUGAUUUCUAUUUACCAGUCGAUUUUCAUGGUGGAAUUCUGGAUCCUAAUACAAAAUUAAUUUAUUUGAAUAAACGGCUCUAUGAUCCCAUUGUUGGACAAUGGAUGACUCCCGUAUGGGAAAAACUGGCUACAAAGCUAUUCACACCAACAGAUAUCUUUGUUUAUAGAUUCGAAAAUAAUGACCCCAUAAAUUCUAAUGUACGAGUUCCAUAUAUGACAGACCUCAAUAGCUGGCUUAAACUAUAUGGAUAUAGUGUCAAGAAUAUGAUGGGUUUAGAAUAUAUUAAAUCGAACGUCUAUCAACCCAAAGCAACUAUAACAUCACCCCAAUUAGCUCCUGAUUUCGGAGUCAUGUCUGGCUUAGAAUGUAUUGUAGAAAAGAUUAACGAAAAGUUCUCUGACCUCGGUUUCGUACCAAAACCGCUACUUAAAAUGGAACCAAAAACAAGAAACCUUCUUCCCAGGGUUGCUUACCGUAAAUCUGUAUUUGGAGAAGGAGUAUUGAUUUCCAGAGUUGAAGGUAGGACUUUAGUAAGUGUUGUGGAUGGAGUAAACAGAGUAGUACAAGAUGUGGUCACCUCUGUAUUCAACAAUUCUUUCUUUUUGAAUCUGCAUUUUACAAUUCAUGAUCAAGAUGUCUUCUACUUUGUGAAAGACAACGUUCUAAAGAUUCGUGAUGAUUUGGAAGAGCUUCGAAGACUCGGUGGCAUGUUUAACGUUUCAACCCAUGAAAUAACGGACCACGGAACGCCAGCUGGAAAAGAACUGAGAUUACAUAAUCCAGAUGCGGUAGUAAUAGUAAAAUAUGGAGUGGAUCCCGAGCAAGAGACGCACAAAAUUUUGAAGCAUGCCCACAAAAGAGCUGUUGAAAGAGCAUGGGAAAUGGAAAAGCAACUAGUAGCAGCCGGUUUCCAAGGAAGAGGUGACUGGACUGAAGAAGAAAAAGAGGAACUUAUUUCCCACGGUGAUAUUGACGGCUAUGAAGGUGUCGACAUUCAUAGUAUCCACAAAUAUCCUCAAUUGGCGGAUGAUCCAGGAAAUAUUGUAUUUCAAAGGGAUACAAAACGGAAAAGGCGGAAGAGUGGUAUGAAACGUGGACGAUUUCACAGGCACGACUCGUGACUCCAAGGUUCAAGUUAGACAAAAAUCAAUUUACUCGAGGAAAGUAUAAUUUAUGUGCCAUAAAUCGACAAACAUCUAAGUCCUAGUCGUUGUUAGAGUAAUUUUCUAUUUUUAAUGGCGUAUUUUUAAUAAUGGCGGUGUUUAAUAUAUUUUGUUACGUUCCCAAAAUAAGGACCGUGUCUACUUGUGUGUCUUUCUUGUGGAAGAAAAAUAAAAGAGCCUAUGUGGUCUAAUACAACGUGCACAAAAGACCAAAACUUAGAUGUCCAUAUUAAAAUAUUCUGUCAAGACGACUGUGAAUGUAUUAAUUAAUGAGGGAAGUAGAUUAACAUGGACUGAGUUAAAAUUUACAUUCCCUUAGAGCCGAUGACUGACUUCAAACGUUUUUACGGAUAUACAUAGAAUCCAUGACAUUAUGUAGUAUAAAAAUGUAAAUAUUGGUAACUUAGUUGGACAAAUCCUCUAUGGUGCUUGUCUACCGCUACCUUCCUUAGUUAGAACUGGACUGCCGAAACUGCGAAAGUCCAUUAAUCAUUAGAAUAGCAUACUUUAGGUAUAAAUCGUAACACAUUACUUCACAAUAUCAUAACCAACAGUACUUACCGUUUAGUUUCACUAUACUUUAUAUAAUUGCUAUUAGGUACAGCUGUCCGUAAUGACAAAUAGAUUUAAAGCCUGGAGAAAAACUUCAUUACUUUAGAAUGAACAUAAAACAAGUACACAAAACGCUGAUAACAAUAAUAUUUGCAAUAAUCAAACUUAAUAUUGAUUUUACUUAAAUUAGCACCCUUAUAUUGUUUAGUAGCAACAUUUCGACUUCAUUUUUUUUUUCAAAAUCAAAAUAUUACACUUCAUAUUUUAUAUAUUUUUUUUUUAUUUCAGCUUUCAAUG